AUGGAGGAACUCCACAGUAAGUUCAGUAAUAAGUGUGAACCCAAGCCCAGGAAAGUUAGAUUCCGGAUCUCCUCCUCUUACAGUGGUCGUGUGCUGAAGCAGGUUUAUGAGGAUGGGUCAGAGUCAGAAGAACCUGAGGAAGACGGUCAACGUGGGUCAUUGAAAACAAGACUGAGUGAGAGAUUUGAAAUCGGCCGAGCUAUAGCACAGGAACACUGGGACACAGCUUACCCUUCUUCAACACGUUUAUUAGCACAGAGAAUAAAUGUGUUCAGAGAUGGAAAUAGGUACAGUAUGACAGGUGAACAGAACCUAUUCACUGACCUGACUGAAAACCGUUCCAAGUCAUCGACAAUACUGAAUUUCGGAAAAAUUAUCAUCUAUACAAGUAACCUGAGGAUCAUAAAGGCACCGCUGACUCAGAGAAAGCUCAUAAGUCAACUUUUCCAAACUCAGCUGAUCUCUGAAAAUACAUCAAACCUGGACAGAAAGGGGGAGGCUGAAGAAAGCAGUGAAAAGCAGUUAGGAACAGCUGAGGAAGGUGGAUUGGAGCCUACAUGUCUGCAGUGUGAUGGGGCAGGAUCUGUACCCUGCUCUUUGUGCCAUGGAAGCAAACUCUCAAUGUUUGCCAACCGAUUCAAAGAGUCAUUCCGAGCCAUACGGUGCCCAGGAUGUAAUGAGAAUGGAGUGCAGCCAUGUCAGAGCUGUGCUGAUUGAAAGCCUUAAAACUCACAAUAUAUUGUUUAAUAUCAUAAAAACUGAAUUUAUGUCUGAAUUUAAAUGCAGUUCCAUACAAACAACUUUGCUGGAAAGUGUAGACUUAGUCAAGGAGUGGGGUGUGGAUGAUGCACUGUUAGCAGAGGAGAGGGCAUUUGGCUGUGGUUGGAACAAUGAACCUUUAUGAUGCAGCUGGAUAGACAUCUUGAAGAUGCCAAGGGACAGGGAACAGUCUAUACAAUGGACUUUGAAACAUAGGCCUCUGCUGACCAGAAGCAGUUCCAUCUCAGUUUAUAUAUUUAUUCAUCUAACUUCUUUUUGAUCUGUUUAUCUAUCUAUCAAUAUAACUCUGGGGUGCUGAUAGUAUUGGUAGAA